AACUCAAAGUUAAUAGAAAUGUUUACAAUAAAACUUAAAACUCGUUUCAAGUUUAGAUCGUAGAGAUAGUUCAGGAAUUCGAUUUUAUCUUGGCGAAAAACUUCGACAACAUGAUCUUGGAUAUCUGACAUUUGGAACUGUUUCAAAUUUUUUCGGAAUUAUUAUUCCACCAAAACUUGAUCAAUUCAUCAUAGAUGCUUAUUGCCCACGUGCAGCUACAAAAAAUAUUCCUGAAUCUGGUAUAACAGUCGUAUCUGCAUUUCCACAUACUCAUUUACAAGGUUAUAGUAUGUGGACGAAAUUAAUUCGUAAUAAAACAGCUGUUAGUUAUUUAUUCAAUGCUGAUUCUUAUAAUUUUAAUUAUCAAUUUGAAAAUCGUUUAGCAAAACGAAUUCAAAUAUUUCCCGGAGACGAGUUUGCAACAAGAUGUAUUUAUAAUACAAUGAAUAAAGACAAAGUGACAUUGGGUGGAGAACGAACAUCAGAAGAAAUGUGUUUACAUUUUUUUACUUACUAUCCUCGACUUGACGAAGAUUUAUCUUCUUGUUAUCGAAUAAAUUCAUAUGAAGCAAUACUUAGAAAAAUCAACUAUUCAUUACCAUUUAAUUAUACACAAAUAAAGCAAUGGUUACUUGAUAUUGAAUGGACACCAGAAUCAUCCAAAGAAUGGCAAACAUUUAUUGAUACUGUCCCACGUUUAGCUGCAUUUACAAUGGGAGGUCAAUGGAUAUCAGAAUCGCUUGAUCCAUCAGCGACAUACAAAGAUUUUGAUCCAGUUAUUUGUCAAAAAACAACUGUAACUACAGCCACAGUUACAGCCGCGAACACUUUAACAUCAACAACAACAGUAACAACAAGAACAACCACAAACACUGCUGUUUUUUAUUAUCAAAAUAUAUUUCAUUAUAUUAUCUACGUUUUGAUUUUUUUCAUAAUAAACUAA